AUGGCAUUCAAAAAGUUAAUAUUUAUUACUGUAUUUUACAGUUUAUUGAAUUAUUUAACCAAGGAUAGUAGCAAAUGCGCAUGUGAAUCUUUUGAUAACCCUCUCUCACAACCCCAAUUUGAAAUGGAAGAUGAAUAUCAAACACAAGGUGAGAGUGAUGUAAAAACGGAAGCAGAGCCAGUACCUGAUGAUGGUAAUGUAAAUAACGGAGGAAAUAAUUUUAGCAAUUAUAAUAAUGGAAAUGACGAUGGAGAUGAUGAUGACGAUGAUGACGACGAUGAUGAUGACAUAAUUAACAAUUUUGAUGAUGAUGAUGAAGAUGAUGGGAAGAAUAAAAAAAAAUAA